AUGGCCAUAUUAGAAGAGAAAUGUCUGCAAGCAUUCGUUGAAACAGCCACUGAGCCUAUCUACCAUCUCCUCAAGGGCCUAUCUACCAAGGCUGUUAUCGAUCUACUAGAUCAGCCUCCUUCUGUUCAACGUGCAACGACUGCUGAGACACUGGCGGUAGAGCUUCGACGCCAGACAUGGGAAGACGAUCACGUCUGGUACAGACGUCUGAGCACUUGGGUUCGUGAGAAUUCCACCAUGGCCGUCUCUGAGGCUCGCUCGGAUAGAGGACAUGCGUUUCUCGCAAUUGCUCUGCCCCUCCCUCCCGACAGGUCAACUGGCCCCCAGGCUUCUCGAAGCCCUACCUACCUAGACUUCCAAAUGAGGACUUUGAUACCAUCUGGGCAAAUCCACAAUUUCCUCAAUGGUCUGUUUACUGCCGGCUAUGAUGACAAGGAAACCAAGACCCAGGUUCCUGCGACUAUUGCCGUGCCAAAUCAUCCUGGAAUUGAGGUCAAUUUGUACCACCGCCCUGAUGAUACAACAGCGCGUACCGAGUGCGAUGCGAUCACCAACAUCAAUGCUCGCGCUGAAGCAGUUGAUGAGACUGUUGUUGGUGGCUUCUGGAAGUGUAGUCAUAACUUCCACUGA